CCGCUGAGGUGGGAUUGAGAGCGGAGCGCAGCGCGCAUGCGCAGAGGAGAGAGGUAUGGUUGAAAACUCGCAGUCCAUCGCGCUGAGCAGAAGAGGAGCAGCACAACUAAAUGUGACUUAUCUGAGCAGCAUCAUCACAUCUGCGCCUCCGGGAGACAAAGAAGAGACGAACUCUGAAGGAGCAAACAACGCGAUCAGAGCCUCCCGGAGUGAUGUGAUAUCAUCAUUAUUAUUAUAUCUCUCGACGUGACGACUGUUUGUCUGCCUCUAAUGUUUCCAACCCACUGAGACCAGGGGGAUUUAUUCCUUCUUUUGUUCUUUGCUUUUUUUAGUGACUAUAAAUAAAAGCAGCCAAAACGAAUAAAUACGGGUCAUUAUGGUUUUGUUAACACUGCAUACUAGAAGAGGGUUGAAUUGCUUGUGCGCGCAGUUCUUGCUGUGGAUUUUAUGUGCUGUGGACGGUGAGGAGCAGCAAUUCAGUGUGGAGACUUGGCUGCAGCGGUAUGGCUACCUCCCUCCCACAGACCCCAGAAUGUCCGUCCUGCGGUCAGAACAGACCAUGCAGUCUGCUAUCGCUGCCAUGCAGCGUCUCUACGGCCUUAACGUCACCGGUGAACUGGAUAAGAACACCAUUGAUGAUAUCACCAUAAGCUGGAUGAAGAAGCCACGAUGUGGGGUGCCAGACCAGUUCGGCGGUGCCUCGAAAUUUAGCGUCCGAAAAAGACGUUAUGCCCUCACAGGGCAGAAGUGGCAACAUAAACAUAUCACGUACAGUAUAAAAAACGUCACUCCUAAGGUGGGAGCGGAGGAGACCCACAAUGCCAUUCGCCGGGCGUUCGAUGUGUGGCAGAACGUCACGCCGCUGCGUUUCGAGGCAGUGCCCUACAGCGACCUGGAGCGCAACAAGAAAGAUGUGGAUAUUACUAUCAUUUUUGCCUCAGGUUUCCAUGGCGAUAGCUCCCCCUUCGAUGGAGAAGGGGGUUUUCUUGCGCAUGCCUACUUCCCCGGUCCGGGGAUCGGAGGAGACACACACUUCGAUUCGGAUGAGCCUUGGACUCUGGGGAACCCUAACCAUGAUGGGAACGAUCUCUUCCUGGUGGCAGUACAUGAGCUGGGUCACGCGCUAGGCCUGGAGCACUCCAACGACCCAACUGCCAUCAUGGCCCCCUUCUACCAGUACAUGGACACAGAGAACUUCAGACUGCCACAUGACGAUCUGCAGGGCAUCCAGAAGAUCUACGGACCUCCAGAUAAACUUCCCCAGCCCACGAGACCCCUACCAACAAUCCCACCAGCCCGCUCGCACCCUCCCGCAGAUCCACGCAAAAACGACAGGCAGACGCGACCCCCACGAAUACCGACCGGCGACAAACCAAUGCACCCCAACGCCAAGCCAGACAUCUGUGACGGCGACUUCAACACUCUAGCCAUCCUCAGGAGAGAGAUGUUUGUCUUCAAGGACCACUGGUUUUGGAGGGUCAGAGAUAAUACUGUGAUGCCCGGUUACCCCAUGCUCAUUAACGUCUUCUGGAGAGGUCUGCCACCCAAGAUCGACGCCGUCUAUGAAAACAGCAAGGGCAAAUUUGUGUUCUUCAAAGGCAAGCAGUUCUGGGUGUUCAAGGACACAAUGCUACAGCCUGGUUACCCGCAGGACAUCUCAAUGUUUGGAAACGGCAUGCCAGCACAGAGUAUAGAGACAGCCGUCUGGUGGGAGGACGUGGCCAAGACCUACUUCUUCAAAGGAGAUAGGUAUUGGAGAUAUAACGAAGACUUGAAAAUGAUAGAUCCUGGUUAUCCCAAGUCCAUCACUGUAUGGAAGGGUGUUCCAGAUUCUCCGCAAGGAGCGUUUGUGGACAAAGCUAACGGUUUCACUUACUUCUACAAGGACAAAGAGUACUGGAAGUUCAACAACCACAGGCUGCGGGUGGAGCCCGGCUACCCUCGCUCCAUCCUCAAAGACUUCAUGGGAUGCGACCUCACGCCCAUCGACCCCGACAUGCAGCCUACGGAGGACGAGGACGUGGUGAUUAAACUGGACAAUGAAGCCAGCACGGUCAAAGCCAUUGCCAUCGUCAUUCCCUGCGUCCUGGCGCUCUGCCUGCUGGUGUUGAUCUACACCGUCUUUCAGUUCAAGAGGAAGGGGACGCCCCGACACAUACUGUACUGCAAACGCUCCAUGCAGGAGUGGGUGUGAGUCACACGGCCACAAGACACGGUGGCGUAAACAUCCUAAACUUGCGAAUUUUGGCUCUCGACCUGCAUCUCGCUCAAGGAGAACAGAGGGGGCCUUUGCUUUGAUUCCCCCCUCCAGGAGACGAGGGGCGCAUUUCCUUCCAAAACUCCCUUCUCUUGUCCCAUUGGCCCCAGUGCACCCGC